CAAUAAAAAUAAUUAAUUUACGGCCUGUUCCACGAUAUCGAAAGAACACGUUCGCACAACUUUUACACGACAAACAGCUGAUUUCCGUUCCACUAAAAUCCAUCAGAACGAAAAUUUGCACGAAAAUCAAUGCGAACGAAAACGUAAGCGUUUCAGUGUAAUUUUGCGUUCCACUAUCUUUUUUCUUUCGUACGCAUGCGAACACAAAUGUCAAAAUCAGUCACUUGUGUGUUUGCUGUCGUACGAUAACAAUUAAGGAAAAUCUGUUUUAAAACAUAAACAUUGCUUAAUUGAAAAUGGAAACAAAAAUCACGAAAAAAUCAUCAACUACACAGCUGCGGGCACUAGUUGAGUAUAUGGAGGAGAAUCCCGAGUUUGCCAGAGGAGUGCCAAUUUUUGGAAGCAGCAGGCAAUCCCUGGAGGACCACUGGAAGAAGUUAGUUUUUAAAUUAAAUACCAUGGGUCCUCCUUCCCGCACAAUUGCAGAGUGGAAAAAGACGUGGGCCGAUCUAAAGUCCCGCACCAAAAAGAAAAUUGCGGAAAAUAAAAAAGGGCUGCAAGGUACAGGGGGUGGUUUAUACCGGUUUGAGUGCCUAACGGAGCUGGAAACAGCAAUUGACCGGACACUCUUCUUGUCGAAGUCCGCAGCACCAAGUGGUAAAACUUUUGGCUACGCGGACGAAAUAGAUUACUGCUUCGAGGCAUUGGAUACCAUCCCAUCAAGACCAUCCAAGGCCGUAGCAGUGGUAACACCUACCAGGCAGUUCAGUUCCCCAGAAUCACAUACCCAACAACAACAAAUAAACGUAAAAACCUGUACCAUCACAACUCAACAAUAUGCAAAACAACAGGCACAGUCAGCACACACACAACAAACUCAGACACAGUCAGCACACACACAACAAACACAGACCCAACAGCAACACCAACGUAAACAAACAACGUCCCCUCGUCAACACAUGGAACAUCAAACCGUGCAGAAAUCACCCCCAUUCAAAUGCACAUCACAACAUAAUUUUCCAUCCACAUCAUCAGCAAAAAAACGUUCCAACGUCGGAGAGCAAAAACCUCUUAUCCGUCGGCAAUUGCGGCUGGUCGAGCAGGCAAAUGCAAUAGCCAAGGAGCAAGCAGAUGCAAGCAAAAGGAUGGCUGACGCUGCAGAGAGAAUGGCAGAUUGUGCCGAGGCCCAAACAAAAAUGCUUAAGUCUAUAGAAGCAAUUCUAUCAACUUUUUUGCAAAACAAUUCACAAAACAAUUAA